UGUCGCCACAGGACUUGAGGAUGACUCGCUGAGUGUUUUUCCAUUCAACGGGUCCACGAGCUCCAACACCGUGGACCGAAACUUUAGAAAUCCUACAGUGGGGAGGGAAAAAACACUUUAUCAGCUGUGUGUUCAAGACAAUACCGCGGUCAAGGCGAUGAGUUUCUCCGCUGGUGCGAGGACGCAGCAGACUUUCGUCUGGGUUUCGAUCAUCUGGUUCACUUCAGCAGUCAGCGGUGGUGGCAGUCAAGAUGUGGAGCUGCAGGUCAUACCCCAUUUGGUGGCACAGUGUGGACAAAACCUGACUCUGACAUGUAACGUCAGCUCACAGCGCCAGCUGGGUAUUCGAUUAUUUUCCUGGCUGGCGAGAAACCAGACCGUGUGUCUGUAUGGAAAUGAGUCGGCCUCCGAGGCUCUGUGUGAGAGCGCAGCGGAGACGUCCCACCACAGACUCACUCUGACUCUCAUCGACGUGAUGCCGGGCAACGAGGGAAAGUACCUCUGCAAACUGCGAUCAGGGCAGGGGGUGAACGACGCCUCGACUUUUGUCACGGUACAUGAUUGCCUCCAACGAUCCGGUUCCUCCGUGAACGGGUCUCACCCCGAGUGCUGGUUCGAGGGAGUCUAUCCCAGCGGCACCGUCCACUGGUUCCAGGGAGACGUCAACUUGACAGACUCCGCCAGCACACGGGAGGAGAGGGACCCGCGCGGCCGCUACCGCGUCCUGAGUGGGCUGAGCGUGGAGGGAGGAAACACGAGCCUGGCAUACGUCUGCUCACUGUGGAUUCCUUCUGAGGGGAAGUAUCUCUCCAGCCGACAGUUGACUAUUGUCAGGAGGACAAAGUCAUCGGCGAGCAUGCUCGACCUGCAGCGGGCCUGCAUCGUGGCUUGGAUAGUUUGUUUUCUCGAUUGCAUUUGGAAAAGUUGAAGCGUGAAAAAAAAAUAAUGGCUCAAACGAGGGGAUGAAUGCUGCAGGAGUUUAUCCAGGGGUAGCUGAGCAGGACUUGCGUAUGUAGAUUCUCUUUUCUUGUUGGCACACUCAGUGGUGAACUGAUGUGCCUCACUCGUUCCUACUUAAAUGGGUGAGUUUACGACAACGCAGACCCGUCGACAGAGAGGAUUCUUACGACUCACAUGCAGGCAGUUGAGCCGAAAAGCUUGACGGGCAAUAGAAACAAUUAAGUAUAAACUGUAACAUAUGGGAGGAAGCAGGGGGGAAAAAAAGGUCUAGGUCACUAUAACUCAUGUCAGGAUUUGUAUUUUCAUAUAAAGGCAAAUCUUAUCCCGAUGCCACGGAUGGCACCUUCUACAACGCAAGAAAAAAAAACAUUCCUGCUGAGGAACUCUCAGGUCAACCGCCGCACAUCAGACGCAAUAUUAAAUGUCUUGAAAGAUGCAUUAUGUCCUGACACAAGACAAGAGUUUGCAGGCUUUCAUGCCCCCCAAAAAAACCUUAAUAUUUCACCAGUUGGCCGAUAUCUAGCUUGAAUGGCAGCUGACGCUUGUGUGCACAGACCUCUGAAACACAAUCCUCCCACUUGAUGGCAGCACAGCAUUCACUGUGUCUCAGAAACGUGUGCGUUGAAUAAAGAGAGCGUGACUUUUUACAGACGCCUCAACCGGUGACCGAGGACUUUGAUUAAAUGAUGUAUAUAGCUUUCCUCAAAAGAGACUGUGGGAAACCACUACUUUGCAGAUUUUCUUGAUUUGGGAUUUCAUAAACAUUUACUGUAAUUUUCUUCUCAGUUUAACCUAGAUUUUAUUUUUUUUAUUUAACUUUAAAUGCUUUAAAAGAGCAACUGAUUCAUCACUAUUACCCCUCCAGCAUAUUGUAACUGCUGUAAAUGAAACUGAUGCACAACAUACUUUUUUCUGAAAAAGCUACAACAGAGAGGUUGAAAAUGAAAAACACUGGAGAUAUAUGUGGUGGUUACACUCCAAUCUGUCUACUGUUAUAUUGCUCUCCAUUAAUAUCUAGUUUCAAGAUAUGCGCGUCUUAAGUGACCACUCAUCUAAUACAAGGCUAUUCUAAUAAUAAGGAUAUUGUGUAUCGAAGAUUAUAUUUUUUCAAGUCUGCUUUGUAAUUAUAAUACACUACAUUGAAGUGUGUAAUGUAAUAAAGGUGUUUAUUUUU